CGGGACGCCGCCGCUUUCUCUCCCCGCUCCGGGAGCGCGCUGGCGGCGAUGGCGGAAGCGGCUUGGAACGAAGAUACGGGCGGGGCGGUCUACCGAUCCCGAGACCCCAUCCGUAACCUGCGCGUCAGGGUUAAAAUUCAGCGGGUUACUUCCACUACCCUUUUGCUGCAGCAGUUUCAGCAGUCUUCCUGCCAACCAGGCCAACAGUUCAUCAGCUUGUCCACUUUGGGGCCUCACAACACAGCAAGCGGGCAUUGCCCUGAGGAGGAGAAAGAGGAGGCUAUUAUUGGCUGGCAAGAGAAACUCUUCAGUCAAUUUGAGGUCGAUCUUUACCAGAAUGACUCUGCCUGCCAGAGCCCACUUGACCGGCAAUACCACCAGGACAUCCUGAAGUUGGAAGAGUUGGGGGGUCGGAAGAAUAAGCGGAUCUUCACCUACACAGACCAUGACCGCUUCACCAACCUAGAGGAGCAUUGUCAGAGAGUGACCACCUCUGCCAAGGAAGCGCCUUCAUAUUUGGCAGAAAUGAUGGCCAAUGUGAGGAGGAGACGGCAAGAACGCAGGCCAGUAGAAGGAAACAUCCUGAAAUCCCGAAUUAUCACCUGGCAGCCCUCAGAAGAAUUCAUCAAGAACAACCAUGUCAUUAAUACCCCUGUGCAGACCAUGUAUAUUAUGGGGGACCUAGGACCCCAAGGCAAACUUGGUUGCAAGGAGUAUGAGUAUGUUCUCUGCAUGAUCAAGGUGGAUAGCAAUGGAGUCAUCACAGUCAAGCCAGAUUUUACAGGCACAAAAGGGCCUUACAGGAUUGAGCUGGAAGGGGAAAAGCGGGAAAUGUGGAAAUUCACUCUGGAGAAUGCCUCAGCCACAGUGGAAGAGAAGGAGGAGGCACGGGAACAGCGUGUCUUCAAGGAUUUGUACAGCCGGCAUAAGGAGUACCUCAGUGGACUUGUUGGAUCUGACUUUGAGAUGACUGCUCCUGGUGCUCUCCGACUCUUUGUUAAUGGUGAAAUUGUUUCAGCUCAGGGUUAUGAGUACAGCAAUCUGUACAUACACUUCUUCUUGGAACUGCCCAGCUGCUGGUCGUGUCCCCCAUCUCAGCCACUCUCUGGAGUGACCCAGACUUGCACUAGUAAAAUAUAUGGCAAAGACAGGGUGGCUUUUUUCUCCUUCCCGUUUGCCCUGGAGAUGUUCUUCAGCCCAGAGGAUGACUUGGAAGGCUCCUUCCCUCAGUGGCCUGUCCUGUACUUUGAGGUCCUUUCCUUGGACUUCUGGCAUAGAUAUCGUGUUGAAGGCUAUGGGUUUGUGGUGCUGCCAGCAACGCCAGGGGCUCACACACUGUCUGCUUCUACAUGGCGUCCUGUGGAGUUGGGCACCAUCUCAGAACUACAGAGGUUUUUCAUUGGGGGAUCUCCAGAGCUCGAGGAUAUGACCUACACCAGAGUGCCAAGCACUUUCACAGGUGAUCGUCUCAGCCGUUUUGGUUUUCGUUCUGAAACAACAGGGAGUGUCACUUUCCGGCUGAACUGCCUGCAGCAGUCCAAAGCUUUUCUGGAGUCCAGCUCCAUGAAGAAACGCAUGCAGAGUGUUCUGGAUCGCCUGGGAGGCUUCAGUCAGCAAGGUUCCCUCUAUAAUGUCUUAGAGGCUUUUCAGCGGGCCCGUCGCCGGAUGCAGGAAGCCCGGGAAAGCCUUCCUCAAGAUUUGAUCCAUACUUCAGCCUCUGCUGGCUCACUAUGAUGAAAGCGUUGUCAAGCAGCCUGCUGUCCUCUGAGAUAUUCUACACCUUGGUUUCUCACCUCUGCUUCUGCAUCCUAUGAAUGACUCUUGAACCUCAGUUUAAUCUGGAGGUGGGCCAUAUGGUGCUGUACUGUACAUAGAUGCUUGGACUACAGUUUCUUCAAAGGAUGAGACAGAAACCUCCGUUUUUCUCCCUUUCUUCACACAAGAUCAUGAGAUUACAAAAACAUUCUAAGCCUAAGGAAGGCAACAUGUUGUAUUUUAUUUUGUGUGCAUGGAUGUGUUUUUGUGCCUAUGUGUGUGAAUAAUAUUUAUAUAUACAUGUAGGGAUGUGUGUAUGUAUGUAUAAAAAAAUUCCCUCCUCACCCCUAUGGGUGGUAUCUGUCUUCCUCAAUCUCGGGUCCUCUACCAAGAGUAUAUAUACUGUUUGUACUCAGUUUAUAACAAAGGACAAGGAACAAUUAAAAUG